AAUAAAAUAAAAUUUCGCCUUCUCUACUGUAGCCACUCUCUGCCCGGCGACUGCCCUUUAACCUCUCUCUCUCUCUCUUACGCUUUGCUUUUCUUUCUCGAAGAGAAACCCCGAGAAAAUUACUCCACUGGAUUUUACACUUCCGAAUCAUGAGCAACGAAUACGAUUAUCUCUUUAAGCUGCUGCUAAUCGGAGACUCCUCCGUUGGAAAAUCGUGUCUGCUUCUUAGAUUUGCCGACGAUUCUUAUGUGGACAGCUAUAUCAGUACUAUUGGUGUUGAUUUUAAAAUCAGAACUGUGGAGCUGGAUGGCAAGACAAUUAAGCUGCAGAUUUGGGAUACUGCUGGACAGGAGCGUUUCCGGACUAUAACCAGUAGCUAUUACCGAGGUGCACAUGGGAUAAUUAUAGUCUAUGAUGUUACUGAGAUGGAGAGCUUCAACAAUGUCAAGCAGUGGUUGAAUGAGAUUGACAGAUAUGCAAAUGAUAGCGUGUGCAAACUUUUAGUUGGAAAUAAAUGUGAUCUAGUUGAGAACAAGGUUGUGGACACACAAACUGCAAAGGCAUUUGCAGAUGAGCUUGGAAUUCCUUUCCUAGAGACGAGUGCUAAAGAUUCGAUUAAUGUGGAGCAGGCUUUCUUGACCAUGGCUGGGGAAAUUAAGAAAAAAUUGGGUAGCCAGCCAACUGCAAGCAAAUCAACAGGAACUGUUCAAAUGAAGGGACAGCCAAUCCAGCAGAAGAACAACUGUUGUGGUUAGCCAUUUACGUGUAUUUUAAUGUCCUGUCAUAAGAUUGUUAUAAUUAUGUUGUGGACGUUGUUAUCAUAUGGAUCAAUUAGAUGCCGUAAAAUGUUGUGUGGUUGUCUGUGAAAAAUGAAAUUACAUUUCCUUGAAAAAAAAUGGCCAUUACCACGCUA